AAGAGCCCCUUAGAGGUGGGGAGGGGAUAAAGCGAGCGGUAUUUGAUCCCACGGAGGACUGAGCUCCCACGGCUGUACUUUGGAUGCAUUCACUUGCAAGGUAAGUCUAUCGAUUUCUUCAUAUUUGAUCGGUUUGUACAGCGAGGGAAGGUUUGGAAGUUUCCUCACUUACAGCAGCCAUUUAAAUAUUAAAUCUAAUAGGGAAAAAAGCUUAAAAUAACUAAAAAUUUUGCCAAAGAGAUGACUUAAAAUUGUGAAUUUUGAUAAAAUUAAUGACUUAAACUUCAUUAACUGAAAACUCCCUCCUACCCUCACUUUAUUAUGCCUCUGCUGAAUGUCUUUUAUUUCUUAUGCUGCUAGAAACUUAGUUUGAGCGGGACACAUGCUAAAGUUUCCAUUUAUGUUACAUUUUUCUAACUAUAACAAUACAAAUCACAAUCAUGUACUUUAAGGUGGCAGAAAAAAGUACUUUUUGGUCCUUAAAGGGAUACUCCAGCGUGAAAUUAAGUAAGGGUCAAUCGCAUCGUAACACCGAGUUAGACACCCCGCCAAGAGAUGAAUGUUGCCGACCGCUUGUUUGUAGGGCGAUUCCAUUACGGACUACAGUGGGGCGACACAGCUCAAGGACGAACAUUUAUGAUCAUUACUUUAUCAUUUCCUUGAAGUAAUAAUCAUCAUAUUUAUCAUUUUGCACUGCAGACCCGAUUGUUCUUCUGUCUUAGCGUCUCGGUCUGAUUGCAUUUCCAUGAAAAAAUGAUCAUAAAUGUUCUUCCUUGAGCUGCGUCACUCCGCUGUAGUCUGUAAUGGACUGGCCCAAGGUCUCGCUACAAACAAGCUGCUGCUGGAAGAGAGUAGGUGUGUUGUGUUUAGUAUCUUUGCUAAAGAAAUCAGGCAAAGCGAAAAAGAUGUUUGGUGGCUAGUACUAUGGCUGCAACCCUAUAUGUCCUGUUGAUGAAGUUAGGUGCUGUUCUGAGCAUUAUUUGUGGCUAUAGAGUGGCGUUUUGGUUGAGCGCGUGGCGUGUGGUCAUUACUAAAGUUGGUAACUAGAGAAGCAAGUGGAGGCAACAUUCAUCUCUCGAGGGGGUGUCUAACUCGGUGUUACUGUGUGUUUGACCCUAACUUAAUUUCACGCCGGAACAUCCCUUUAAGAAACUUCGAAUCCCAGAAAAAUGCUUUACUGUUCUCUGUAUUUGCUAAUAAUGAUAAAAGGCAAUUUUUAACAUGGUUUUUAAAUAAUGAAAUUAUCAAAUGCAAUUACUAAGUCAACGCUUAUUUUCAAGAAUUAAAAGUUUUUUUACACAUUAAAGCUCCUAUAAGUAAUUUUUGAUGUUAUGAAAUAUACAUUGAUGAAUACUAAUGCCUCUAUGUCUUAUUCAAUCCAAGAGGAAAACCUAUGGUUUUACCCCCGACUUGGAGACUCUGGGUGGGGAUGCUGUUUGUGGUGGUUUCAGAGCAGAGGUGCAUCUUUGAUGAGGUCCAAGCCCAGGCCAAAGUGGUCCAAGCAGCACCUACUGAGCUCAGACUGUUACAAGCAAUGAACCGUGUAGGUCGGAUGGCGUCAGCUGAGAGGAGGAUGAAACUAGGAAAACCAGCCCUGUCCACUCUUGCUUCCCCCCAGCCAAUCAGGAUCCGGCUCUGGAUUGUAAAAGAGAGUGGAAACCUAUCAGGGAACGAGAAGGAGAGAAUGGAGGCUGUGGUGGAGGAGGCUGUGCGGGUGGUGUCGUCUUUACUCUCAGGUGACACACAUUCACAUGCAUGAGUUGAACCUUCCACUAGAUGGGAGUGGAGAGUUAAAACGUUGCUUUAAAAUACUGAAUAUUUAUCAGAGCCAAAAAAAUUCAUUCAAGCAAGAGUGUCCUCAAAAGAGAAGUUUUCUAUCAUGGGUCGAUUUUCACAAGUAUACAAACACAUAUAUACACACAUACACACACAUUAAUUCUUAACUCUAACCACUUCUGGGGACUUGACACUGAUUUACUGAAAUUUUUUGGGGACUUAACCUGAAAUUCAUUUUAGAAAUCAUCAUUUUCUCCCUGAAUUGUUUAGAAAAUCAACUUUGCACAAAUAUUUGCACAGAAUUAAAGGACAGUCUAUGUGGACAUGACAAAAUCAAUGUAGUCAAAAUAAACACACAAAAAGACGACGAUCAGGUGAUCAAGCAAAAUAGCAAAAAGAGCGAGAUUAAAAAAAAAAACAGAAUGUGGAGUUAGAUGAAUACACUAAUUUUAGCUUUACAUAUUGAGCUGUAAAAUGGUCCUGCCUUGUCGAACAGCCCUCGGUUAAAUUGUCAUUUGUCUGAAAAUGUACCAUAAUGAACACAAGCCUGAAAAAAAAAGAUAGAAGUUCGGUUUAAUUAUUUUGUACCUUUCAAUAGUGAACAGAGUUAAAGGACCAUUACUGCUCAGUCGAGACAUCAACAAAUACUGCAAGUUUCUCUGGAAGAAUUCAAGUACCGCCAACUACAACAGGUGUGUAUACAUUAGACAUUUUUGCAGCCAAGUGUCGAAAACUUUAUACUAAAAAUCACAACUUAAAAUCUGUUUGUGGUUUGGUUUUAUGACAACCUUUUUGCUUUUAAAUCUAGAAUAUUCAGUGAAGCUAAAACAUUUUGUGUAAGUCAACAGAACAGAGGAUUAUUUUACUUUUUGAGGCUCUUUUUUUCAGGUAGGUAUUCUGUGUAGUGUACAUGCUUUAAAAUUUGUUUUUUAAAGCUACCGUUUUCAUGCUGCAGGUGUGGUCGAGCUAACAGCAACUACAGGACAGAGACCUGUCUGGAUGUGACGGUAAGUUUAAGCUGUUAACAGCCCAGCACACGAAAGCACAGAGUGUCUUUUCCUAAUCUCUGCUGUCUCCAGAUCCCAGAUGAUCACUUGGACGGAUGUGAUAUUUACAUGAGCGCUGAUUCACCUCAGAGGACUGAGCUCCGUCCUAAAGGAUCAGGACUCCCUGACACUGACUUCCUGCUGUACCUCCAUAUCCAGUCCACUGACAAAUGCAGAGCAGAGGUACCCAAUUCACAACACCUUAAUGAACCAAAGGGCCAGUAGUGGUGGACGAAAGAUUCAGAGGAUCGUUUGCACCAACAGCCAUCAGACUUUACAACUCUUCUGUAAAUAGUAGAUAACUUUUAGAGACAUGACAAAUGAGACGACAGACAAUUGAAUUUCCCAUCAGGGUCAAUAAAGUUCUUCUUAUUCUUAUUCUUACAUAAAAACCCUAAAAACCUUUCUGAAAGUCUCUAGAAUAAUUAUAUAAUUGUCAGAGUCAGACUCUUCCUGAUGUCCUGUCCUCCCUCAGCCCGGCGUGCUGGCUUAUGCCGCUCACUGCCGGACGGAUGCUCAAGGGCGACCUCUGGCUGGGGUGGUGGUGAUCUGCAGGGACAGACUGACAGGAGCGACUUACAAACGCCAGGCUGCUGUACAGGUAUGAUAAAUACAACUACUUCUACUCCUGCUGCUGAUUAUUAAAAUAAAAAUGACAGUACUUAUACAUGGAGGUGUUUGAAAUCACGUGUUUUCACAGACGGUGAUCCAUGAGCUGUUUCAUGUGCUUGGUUUUUCUAAAGAGCUGUUCCACACCUGGAGAGACUGUUCGUCCACAUCUCAAGGUUUCUAACUACGUUUUGUGUUUUAAUGUCUCUGAUUUGAGUGUUUGUAGUUGUGUAGUAGCCGGCACAUAUCUAAUACCAGCUGAUUAAAGUUCUUCUUCUGAUGAUUUUCAGCUGAUGGUUCUGGUUGUUCCCAUCGAGGUAAAGUGACUCACGCUGAUCAAUCGGGCCAGAUGAGGAUUUUCACUCCGUCAGUCAUCUCAGCCCUGCAGAAACAUCUAGGGUCCACUGAUCCUGAACUCGGGGGGCCGUUAGAGAACCUGGUACAGAUUUGAACUCUUCAACUUGAAGGGAUAUUCUGGCGUAAAAUUGAUUUAGGGUCAAACACACCGUAACACCGAGUUAGAAACCCCGUCAGGAGAUGAAUGUUGCCGACUGCUUGCUUCUCUAGUUAAACCAACUUUAGUAACGAACGCACAAUAGCAAUACACAGCGGUCUGAGGAGCCAUAAACAAACCUGCCGGAAUAUCCCUUUAAGCCCAAAGUUAUAAAGUGCCGUCUUUCAUUUGUUUUUGUACUUGUUCAUGCAGGAUGCACCUUUAGGUAGAGUGUCCUCACACUGGGAGUCCCGGGUUCUCCAAGGAUCCAUCAUGACAGCGGUGCUGGGGGACUCAACCACAGUCAGAAUUGACCCUGUAACUUUGGCCGCAUUGCAGGACACAGGCUGGUACAUUGUAGACCUGAGCCGGGCACAGAGUCUAGUGUGGGGAGAUGGUACGGAUAAAUAAAGUGUUUUUAUACCACGAGGAGUUUAGAAAAAUGAGGUUGACAGUCGUGUAUUUCUUGAAUGAUUGUGUUUGUAGGUGAAGGAGGCACGUUUGGUUCUCUGUCAACCUGUCAGAACAAAUCAACAUUUUUCUGCUCUGGCAGGUAAAACUAUCACAUCACAAAUUUAUAGAUUAUCAAAAAUAUAUAUAGAUUAUGGAAUUUAAAUUAUGUUUCUUUUGAAGCUUUAAUAGCUGUAUUGUUUCCUCCUUGAAGUGGAUUUGGGUGUCAUUUUCUUCACCUCCACAAGGGGGCGUGCCAGACUGAUCAAUACCUGGAGGGAUGCCGAGUGUAUAAACCAUUCAAGAACGGAGUAAGUUUUAUUUCUUUUAAUGUAACCGUAAAGAUUAUGCCGACUAAAGUUGGAGUUUUCUAAUUUUGAUGCAAUCAGGAAAAGUCUAAUUUUAUUUUAGGUAAUCUUUUUUGUCAUUGUUGAAUCUUUUAUGACUUUUUUCUCUUGUUCUUUUAAGAGUGAGUGCUGGAAAAAAGAGGAUAUGGGACAGUCCGAUGAAGAGGACUCAGGCGGGGAGAUCUUUGGUUUUGACAGCAGGUGCUUCUUCUCCAACCUGACCAGACAGGUGUGUGAAUCUGCAUGUGUCUCUCUGUGUGUUAAUAAACUAUGUGUGUCAAUCCCAAACUUUUUCAUUAUUCAAACACCCUUUUCUUUUUUCUUUACCUGUAAUUUUGUUUAGAGCCAGAGUCAGUUUCUUUCGUUCAGCAGCUCGGUGAAGGGGCGUUGCUAUAGACACAGGUGCACUGGACAGAACAGAUACCAGAUCCAGGUGUCUGGCUCUGAAUGGAUGGACUGUCCAGCAGGGGGCAGCAUUCAGGUAAUAACAGACCGCAGAGCACAGUAAACCAUUGUUGUUCAUUUUACUAGUCAAUAUACUUUUAAUAGUUUAUAGUUGUUCAGAAAUACUGGUAAUGCUCAUUAAUGCUUUGACAUAUUUAUGUAUAAUUUCAAAAUUUUGUGAAAACAUUUCAGAUGGUAAUAAAAAAAGAGUAAAAUUAAAGUUUACAGGAUUAUCAUAAAUGUAACAAAAAAUAUAAAUUUACAAAAUUUUUCAUAAAUUUACAAAAUCUUUCAUAAAUUUACAAAAAUAAUUGUAAAUUUAAGUCCUUAACCUGGAAGAAUCAAAUUUUAAAUAUAGCAUGACUAAUCGUGUUAAUUUAAAAAAUGUAAAUAAAAAAAUAGAGUCGAUAAAAACAGACAUUGUAAAUUCACAAGAUAGAAGUAAAAAAUUUGCAAAAAUAUAGUAAAAAUGUAAGAGGAGGAAAGUUGUCUGCCUGUAAAAAUAAAGUCAGAAAUUUAUUGACAAUUUUUUUUUCUUACAAUUGUAAAGCUGCAGUUUAUAAGAAAAAGCUGUAAAUUACAGGUCAAGUCAUAAAUGAAAAAAAAAUCAUAAAUUUGCAUGAAAAUCAAAAAUUUACAAGAAUUCAGUUGAUGGUUUAGAACAAUAAGAGUCAUUUUAAGAGGACUGAUUGGUUCAUGUUGAGAAAUUUCAAAACUUGAUUUCAAAGGAAAAGUACAAAAAAUAGAGUGUAGAAAAACAAAAAAAUAGUUUUGAGUGUAAGAGAAAAAUAUGUUGAGAGUUGAAAAUUGGAAUAAUGUAGAAAAAAACUGAAAAUCUAUAUUUACCACAAAUAAACAAGUAAAUUUCUAAGAAUAGAUUUGUAAACCCACUAGAUUAAAAGCAUUAAUUGGUGAAACUGAAGUGAGGAGUUCAUAAGACUUCAGUUUUGAGUUUAUAUAUCUUAUCUUUAUCACAUCAAAUUUUACCUUGGACUUAAAAAAUGCUCUGUAGACUGCUAUAGCGAAGUCUUAGUUAAACCAUGUGAUCCGGUCUGAUUUUGUCAACAGAUCGAAGGAUAUUUAGGUUCAGUGUCCUGUCCAGACAGAAGGUUAUGUCUCUACCCUGACAUCAGUCCUCCUUCCGACCACAUCCCUUCUUCUAUCACCAGGUGAGUCUGACUUUACACAAGCUCUUACUUUGGAGGAACUUUUGACUCAAAUUCGCUAUCUUUUAUUUUGUGGUCAGUGCUCCCAGUGAGAAGUUGACCUCCAUCCAGACUCCGACCCAGCUGCCUCACACUGCCACCAAAGCUUCCUUCAUCAUCGUUGCCGUGUGUCUCCUGAGUGCCGUCCUGGUGUCUUUCAAGAGAUGUUGUUCCUUCAGGAUUCGGAUUCACACUUUUACUGACGACCACAGUGAUCCUUGAAAGCACUUGGUAUAACCUUCAGAGUGAAUAAUUGUGAUUUUUCUUUUCCUCUAUCCGGUUUUUAAGGCUAAACUUUGAGAGUAGAAUCAAACACACAUAAUCCAUUCGAAAAAGGGAUGCCUUUUUAAUCAAAUUUUUAUUUGACAAGAUCUUUCUAAUACUGACUCAGUUAAAAAUCAAUCUUUUUUUAAAAAAAGUAACACCAAACAGAGCAAAACCAACAAACAAUAAACAAAAAACUGUAGAGAUUUUGGGCUCUAUUUUCGUGCCCACUGGUGGCGCGGUGGAGGGUGGCGGACCCCAUGCAGUGGUAUUUUCGUCUGGCAGAGCCCGGCGUAAAGCUAGUUAGGUAUUUUCGUAGAAUGAGGCGCACCGAGGUCCACCAAGGAGGAGCUGAGUUAGGGAGGGGGUAUACUGACGCCGGGUUGCGCUGCACACCUAAAUACCAAAAUGUGCUUGGGCACGCCUUGUCGGCUGGCGGACCUGACUUCCGCCGCGUAUAUGCCACGCCGCCAGCGAGGCACGAAAAUAGGGCCCACUGUGUUUACAAUCUACAUAGAAUUGUAAGAGACAGACAUUUUAAAUAUUAGAUAUUAUAGAGUUUAAACAAAUACAGCCGUGUUGUCUCCCUCACACCUAUCUUACUUCCCUUUCUUCCACACAGGUAUGGAUGUCUGUCUGGGGGCGAUACCACUCACACAAGCAAUGUAAUGUGGAUCUUUGCCUAGAUUCAAAGAUAAACACUCUUCAGUGAGCUUCAAGCACACAAAACAGAACUUCACCUUACAACGCCGACAUGUGAUGUUUUUGCAGUUCUCCUUGUUGUGCUCGAUCAACAAACCACAGGUGGGACAGGCACGGAUGGACGGACAACCAGUGAUGUUCACCAUAUCUUCAAAGAUGAUCUCUGGACAUCUUCUCAGUAUUUCCAGUGACAAACUGACACAACCAGGCUCUGCACAGCGGUCUGAGUAUGGUGAUGGACGUUUCCAUUCCUUCAAACACUGCCAGCAGAACUCAAAGGAAUUUGCUUCGUUGGUUGAGCAAACUGGGCAGAACACCCUCAGAUCAUUUAGGUUUUUCCUCAUCACCAAACUUUUGCAGCCAGGACACUGUUGAGUAGUUGAAAGAAACAGCUGAUUUGAAAAAAUAUCCUUGAUUAAAAUAACAAAAGAACAGCCUCUGACUUAAAUACUCACUUUUUUGAUGUCCAGGUAAUCCUUGGCUCUGUUGAACAGUGUCCUGUCAAAAUAGUCGAUUUCUUCAGGGGUCAUUAGAGCUUUUUUGUAAACCUCUUCACAGGGCCACUCAACAUUGCAGCCUGGUUGACCACAGACGAAUCUGGUCUCCCCCUUCAGAAGUGAAAACAAGAUCAACCAAGUAAGACAGAAGGCUCUGGAGUGGGACAGAAAGUCAACCUGAUGUAGAUACGACAUAGAUCACUGGUACUUUACCUUGUCUACCAACACUUGAAUCCAUGUCAUGAGAGAAGAUGGAGUGACAGUGUGACCACAGGACAUCUUUGUUCUGAGAGACUUGUACUCGUUCAGCUCAACUGGGAUACAAACAAGUCGAAGGAGGAGACCAUGAGACUUGAGUUUUGGUUUGUCACAGUAAAACAAGAACACAAGACCUUUUCAGUUUCCCACCCUGAGUAUAAUGUCUCAAGAAGAUGGCUGCUGCAGGGAUUAUUCUUACCAAUUAUCAACCAAUCACUGUUGAGUAUUCACCCAAACCUUGGCGGUUUAAUAUCGUUCAACAUCCUUUUGAUAAAUUCACAUCAGUACUGGGGUUCUACUUACAGUCCAUGUCAUCUUCUCCAUCCACGAGCGUAAGAGUGGGGUCGUUAGGAUCGUAACAUCUCUCCUCUUGAUCAGCUGUCAUGGUGUUGCUCUCUUGAGUUGAGUCCUUAGCUUUCAACUUUGCCAAAUAUUUCUUACUUGCACGUUGUGCAGUAUUCCGUCUUCUGAUUGCUCGAUCAGGAUUGCGUUGUUCAGGUGCCGGCGUGUUGGUAGUUUGCUCAGGAGUAAACGUACUUUCUGUUGAUUUCGGCCUCUCUUUGGGUGGUUGUUCUUCAGGUGCCAGCGUGUUGGCAGUUUGCUCAGGGAUAAACGUACUUUCUGUUGAUUUUGGCCUCCCUCUGGGUGGUUGUUCUUCAGGUGCCGGCGUGUUGGCAGCUUGCUCAGGGAUAAACAUAGUUACUGUUAAUUGUGGCCUCUCUCUGGCUGGUCUGAAUUCGUAUGGAUUACUCAUUUGUCUGGGAGCAGUUGCAGAGAUUCUUGUCCGAGCAGCUGGAGUCUCUCUGGGUGCCUCAGCCUCACCCGGUUUUGGAGGAUCGGUCCCAUCAUGUUCAGGUUCUGAUAUUUUUCUUCUUACCCUGAUGGGGACAGUUCCUAAGUGCUUUCUCGUCUGCGGUGGAUCAUCAGACCUGUGUUCAGUUGAAUAUCUGUUCCCCAUCUUGAUUCGAUCUCACUAAUAGACGAGCCUCACAGGAUCAUCUGGUUUUUACCUGCAGUCAUGAGAUCCUCCUUGUGGGCGAGGCCUCAGUCCCGAUUUAGAAAUCGCAAGCACCUUGAAUUAAGUUUCAUAUACUUUGCAGUUGUCUUGACUGGCUUAGUCGCAAAAUGGGUAUCCAGGUGAAAGUACACGAUCCCAGAGGGGAAGAAAAGAUUGUCACUGUUUGUGACAACGUGGAGCAGAUGAAGAAUAUCACCGUGGUCCAGCUGAAAAGGAUAAUCAUGACACAUCUAAAAAUAGGUAAGUCUUACUCUGAUUAUUUUCUUCACUUUUUUAUCAGAUCACAGAGACAACUUUUUUAUCAAUGCAAUAAAAAAACAGAUCAAUACUGUUGUCUAAGAGCUCCUUUAAAACAUACCGAAAGAAAAAGCCCAGAGUUCAGACUCUCUAUUUCUGCUCAGGUGAUGACAUCCGGAUGGUGUACAGGACCGAGACUCUGGAGGAAUCGUCUCUCCUGAUGUCCUAUGGGAUCCAACAUAUGUCCACCAUCCAGUGUCUGCUGAUACUGCCGGGAGGACACUAAGCAGACAGAGACACAAGACAAUAACCCACAGAUCCAGACCACGCCGCCGUUUUGGACAUCAAUUGUAUUUCAAUCUAAGGACAGAAUUAAUGAUUUUUCCUGUACUCUCAUCCUCUUUGUCUUAUCUUCGUCACUAAAUCUAUUUGACUAUGUUUGUAUAUUUAUAAUAAAUCAGUAUGAUCAGAACAUCACUGUGCUGCAUUGUCUAUUUUAUGUAGGAGAGCAAAUAUCUCCCUGUCCUGUUGCAAAGAAAACAUUUUAAAAAAUCAACAAAUUCAGAUUUUCUGAAUGACCAAAUGUGUCACUUUUAAAAUUAAAUUUUAUUACGCGUUUAGUCAUGCAGUUUGAAAGCAACUUAAGUCCUCCAGCUCAAAAUUUUACCUCUGUAAAUAACAUAUUGGGCCAAGUUUCCAAAUGGAUUUAACUAUGUCAAGCUUCGCACACCACCCUGAUAUCAAUAGAAUAGAAUAGAAUAGAAUAUUCCUUUAUUGAUCUCCCAUGGGGGAAAUUUUUUCUAUUCUAUUCUAUUAACAAAUAUUAAACAUCAUUUUAAAGCAUUGUAAAAAAAAAAAAAAAACUAAAAACAAACCUGAAGUUACUGAGUUUGACAUGUGGGACAUUUCCUUUUGUAAUGUAGCUUGUGUUCAAAAGAAACAGUGAGACUGUAUCACCACACCUUCAACUGUGUUAUUUACUGUCUUUGCCAGCUCUGACUGGAAUUUACCGUACUUUUCGAACAGCCUUGUUCAGUGUAACCUUCUAUUAAUACACAUUAGGCUUUGAAUACUCUGGAUCCUAGUUUUGGUUUCUGCAGCAGAGGACGCUGGAACUGGUUCAAUGGUAAUAACUUUUAAGUGCCGUGAGAGAGGUCAAAAUUAAUGCUCGUUACAAGAACAGAUGACACAUUAAACGUAAUUCAUUGACUAAGAAACAUCUUUUAUUGAAUUUACUGAAUCAGCAUAUGCAGAGAAAAAUAAUCAAGUUUGGCUUGAUUUGUAUUUCUGUACAUGAAUACUAGCUGGUAUCUUUGUCUUCUUACAGGAAAAGGAUUAAGUCAAACAAACAGUCAUGGCUGAAGCAUGCAUCCAUACUUAAUAAAUGAGACUCAUGAAGAGGAACUGAGCUGGUUUUCUUUGCAGAGAGCUCAGUCACCAUGGGUGGAGUUGCAGCAGCUGAAUUAUAGAUUUCAAUGGAAUAGAAAGGGUACAAGAACGCAUCCCUGUGGAACACCGUAAAAUCACACAACUUCAGAUCUUCAUUGAUUUAUAUUCAGUUGUUAAAAUAGUAAGCCUGAAAAUAAACUGAGGUGUUUUCAUCAACAUGAAACACUGCCAACACCUGAAUGCAGUUGAACAACAUACUGACAGGAGCAAGAAGCAGGAAGCAGUUCAUGUUGUGAGUGACGACAAAACAUAAUAACAAACAGAACAAGAAAGACUCCAGACAUUGUUCUUUUGAUGGUUAGAAACAAGGAUGUAGCAUUUUAAAAAAAACUACAGUGCAAAGGUGGGGUAGGCAGGAUUUACAAAAAAGCAUAUAAUAUCAGUCAAUAGUUAUUAGACAUUGAUGACAUUUGAUAAUAUAAUAAUAUCUCUGAAUUCUCUUAUUCCUGUGAAGUCAACAUUUUAAAAUUUUUGGGCGACCCGCUCUUUUUGACUGUAAACAAAGCCAUUCUCUGCCUCCUCGACCUGAUUGGAUGUGAGGCAGACGCUGCUCCCCCGUGUCAUUCACGAUCCCAAACAAAGUUAGCGUGCUACGAUUUCGGACUGGAGAAACCAACCCGAAAAUAAGGAAUUUUCUGAAUCCUCCUUUGACCACAACUGCCAACACAAGCAAGAAAACAAGGUAAAUACCGGAGACUCUGGCGGAAUAACAGGCGCGUAAAAUGGAGGUAGACCGGACAAGAGCUAAGAAGCCGGGUCAACAUCAGCAUAAAUGAUAGGGGACGCUUUAGGAUCUUGCGGACCCUGUAACUUUUCUGCUGGACAGGUAAACCACUUUAUCAAAGUAAGCCAAGUGUCUGUCACAGAAGUGUUUCUUGUCAAAUGGGACCUGCUGCGUGUUGUAGCACCGCUACACUGUUUACCUCGGGUCCUGGAGUUUGUCACUUUAUGCUAGUUGUAGAAGUCCUGCAAACAUUGUGUUUGCUGGUACUCUGUUGUCAUCUACAGUAGCACCAAUGCUGAGCAGGAGUGUCUGUUUGUGGGCGGGGCUUGCUGGAGCAGGGAGGGAGGAGGAGCUGAGGGGAAAACUGGUUGGGAGGGGUCGAGUUUACAUUCAAGAUUUCUCUGAAAAACUGGCACUUCCUCAGAUCCUGCCUACCCCACUGUUAAGCUGGACAAGGUGCAAAUUUUGAAACAAACAGAAUUUGAAAGUUUUUUAAAAUCGGAGAAAUGCUUCAUUGAAUUGAAAAAAAAAAUGUUUGAAGACAAUAAUCCCAUUGUUGAAACUGUAAACAUAUUGUUUUAUGAAAAGUAUAGAGGCUUGUUUAAAAAUUUUUAAACUUUGGAAAACAGUUUAGGAGCAGGCUGGACUCUUCUACUACAGAGCCAUCCUGUUGUACUACACACUGAAGCUAAUUUAGCAUUGUCUAAAUGCUAAAUAAAGAUUAAACUUUGACUCGGCUUGUCUUAGAUGAGCUCAGGCUUGAGUUGCUGGUGUUUCUGAAUCGUAUUCCAAAUGUAAAGUUAGAUUUGUAGGUGCAGCAACAAACUGUUUUUAUUGACAAUGUUGUUUUUUUUCUGCUACUUUCUUUUUGCAGGCUUGGCACUCCAGAGUGGCCGUGUGAUGUCAGAGUAGAAUAAUGGACAAUCUUGACUCCUUCAUGCAAUAUCUUAACUCCCUUUCCUCCACACAGGUAUAGAUGUCUGUCUAGGUGCGACACCACUGUUUUGGCAGAGUAUGAAAUAUGAAUAUAGGUUCAAAGAUAAACACUCUUCAGUGAGCCUCAAGCACACCAAACAAAAGUUAACUUUACAAUGCCGACAGGUGAUGUUUUUGAAUUUCUUCCUUUUGUGCUUAAUCAGGAAACCACAGGUGGGACAGGCACGGAUAGAUGGACAGCCGGUGACAUUCCUCACAUUCUUUGAAGAUGAUCUCAGGACAUGCUCUCAGUAUUUCUAGUGGUUGACUGACACAACCAGGCUCUGCACAGCGGUCUUAGUAUGGUGAUGGACGUUUCCAUUCCUUCAAACACUGCCAUCAGAACUCGGAACUUCGGAACUCUUCCAGAAUGUUUUUGCUAUUCCUCACCCCCAAACUUUUGCAGCCAGGACACUGUUGAGUACAUUUAGUUGAAAGAAACAGCAGAUUUGAAAAAAUAUCCUUGAUUAAAAUAACAAAAGAACAGCCUCUGACUUAAAUACUCACUUCUUUGAUGUCCAGGUAAUCCUUGGCUCUGUUGAACAGUGUCCUGUCAAAAUAGUCGAUUUCUUCAGGGGUCAUAAGAGCUUUUUUGUAAACCUCUUCACAGGGCCACUCAAUAUUGCAGCCUGGUUGACCACAGAUGAAUCUGGUCUCCCCCUUAAGGAGUGAAAACAAGAUCAAUCAAGUAAGACAGAAGGCUCUGGAGUGAGACAGAAAGUCAACCUGAUGUAGACAUGACAUAGAUCACUGGUACUUUACCUUGUCUACCAACACGUGAAUCCAUGUCAUGAGAGAAGAUGGAGUGACAGUGUGACCACAGGACAUCUUUGUUCUGAGAGACCUGUGCUUGUUCAGCUCAACUGGGAUACAAACAAGUCAAAGGAGGAGACCAUGAGACUUGAGUUUUAGUUUGUCACAGUAAAACAAAAACACAAGACCUCUUCAGUAUUCCAUUUAAAAUAACACACGAGUUUCCCACCCUGAGUAUGAUGUCUCAAGAACAUGGCUGCUGCAUGGAUUAUUCUUAUCAAUUAUCACAUCAUCACUGGGGUUCUACUUACAGUCCAUGUCAUCUUCUCCAUCCAUGAGCGUAAGAGUGGGGUCGUUAGGAUCGUAACAUCUCUCCUCUUGAUCAGCCGUCGUGGUGUUGCUGUCUUGAGUUGAGUCCUUAGCUUUUAACUUUGCCAAAUAUUUACUACUUUUACGUUUUGCAGUAUUCCGUCUUCUGAAUGCUCGAUCAGGAUUGUGUAGAUCAGGUGCCGGCGUGUUGGCAGUUUCCUCAGGGAUAAACAGAGUUUCUGUUAAUUGUGGCCUCUCUCUGACUGGUCUGAAAUCGUAUGGAUUACUCAUUUUUCUGGUAGCAGUUGCAGAGAUUCUUGUCCGAGCAGCUGGAGUCUCUCUGGAUGCCUCAUCCUCACCCGGUUUUGGAGGAUCAGUCCCAUCAUGUUCAGGUUCUGAGAUUUUUCUUCUUACUCUGAUGGGGGCUGUUCCUAAAUGCAUUUUCCACUGCGGUGGAUCAUCAGUCCUGUGUUCAGUUGAAUGUCUGUUCCCCAUUUUGAUUCGACCUCACUGACAGAUGAGUUGUACAGGAUCAUCCUGUUCCUACCUGCAGUCAUAGAUCCUCCUUGUGGGCGGGGCCUCAGUCCUAAUUUAGAAAUCAUUAGCACUUUGAAUUAAGUUUCAUAUACUGUUGGAUUGUCUGCUCUUGCAGUUGUCUGGACUGGCUUUUUUGCGAAAUGUAAAAAAAUAUAGGUGAUGGGCUUUAAAACUCUGGAUCCUAGUUUUGGUUUCUGCAGCAGAAAGUCCUGAAGCUGGUCCAAUGGUAAUUAGUUUUGAGUGCUGUAAGAGAUUUCCCUUUAAGCAGGUGUGUCAAAUAUAGCUUGUUACAGGAAUUGAUGACACAUAAAAAUAAUUAGUUCACUGAGAAACAUCUUUUAUUGAAUUUACUGACUCAGCAUACAUGGAAACAAAAUCCCAACCGUUUUUUUUUUCUCUACAUGAAUGCUACUGGGUAUCUUUACUUAAAAGAAAAGGAUUAAGUCAAACAAGUAGAGUCAUAGCUGAAGCAUGCAUCCAUACUCAAUAAAGAAGACUCAUGAAGAGGAACUGAGCUGGUUUUAUUUGCAGGGUGAACACUGGGUGGAGUGACAGGGACAAGACUUGGAAAAAAAGAACUGAAUAGUACACAAAAACAUACUUAACCUAGAUUAUCUUGUGAAAAACACUAGCAACAAUGCAAAAAAAAAAAAAAACUGUGUCACUUUAAUUGAAUACUGUUACUACUUUGUACUUCUGGAUGAUAGACAUGCCUCACACACAAAUUUACAACCAAUGUUAUUUAUUGUUGUAGAUGUAAUGACAUAGUUUUGAGUAAUGACUCAGACCUAACAAUUAUAAAAAUAAAGAUCACAGAGCAAAUGGAAACACGACACACUUCAACUUAAGUCGGGCAAGUUACAAAUUUUGAUAUAAACAGAAUUUGAACAUUUUUCAAAUCAGAGAAAUGCUUUAUUGAAUUGAAUUGAAAAAAAAGUGUAAAGACAAUAUUCCCAGUGUUGAAACUGAAAAACUCUAUGAAAAGUCUAGAUGCUCGUUUAAAAAAAAUUUUCAACUUUGGAAAACAGUUUAGGACAGAAGGCUGGACUCUUUCACUCUGUUGUACUACACGCUGAAUCUAAUUUAGCAUUGUCUAGAUGCUAGAUUAAGAUUCAACUCUGACU